AUGGAGGAUCAUUAUUCAACUGAGGUUGAGAUCGCCAAUCAACCCCAUAACCUCCCCAUCCAUGCCACCUCGGAGACCUGCUCUGGCCGCACGUUCAUCGUAAUCGGCGCCAACACCGGCCUGGGCCUCGAGGCAGCUAGAAGCCUGGUCGCAGCCGGCUCAGCCAAAGUGAUCAUGGGCGUCCGUAACAUCAGCGCCGGUGAGACCGCCAAGGCCGAUAUCGAGAACACCACUGGUAAGACUGGCAUUGCGUCUGUCUGGCUCAUCGACCUAUCGAGCUACGACUCCGUGAAAGCAUUCGCAAAGAAAGCGCUCACGGAACUCGACCGCAUCGAUGCCCUUAUUGAAAACGCCGCGGUGGCCGUGGCCCAGCGUGUGCUUGCUGAAGGACAUUUGGUGCCUGUUACUGUAAACGUGUUCAGCACGUUCUUGCUUGCAGUGCUCUUGUUGCCGAGGAUGAGCGCCGAUGCAAAGAGGUUUGGUAUUCUGCCUCAUAUUUCUAUUAUCUCGAGUGGAGCGAGUUUCGAUUUUGAGAAGGCCUGGAAUACGAUCAAGAGUGAUCCGAUUACCAAGAUGGAAGAUGAGUCGAGUCCGGUCAUGGCAACAUACCCCCUAACAAAACUCUUGGAAAUUCUGGCAGUUCGAUAUCUCGCACCUGUGCUGCCUGUGUCUCGCACAGGAGUGGUUAUUAACACCGUCAACCCGGGUCUUUGCAAAACCGAGCUUGGUAGAAAUGCGCCACCAGAGUUCCGCCAGCAACUCGCUGAGAAGCAUGCAAGGUACGGACGGACAGCUGAGGACGGUAGCCGAACGCUUCUCCAUGGUGCCUUGGCAGGCAAGGAUAGCCACGGAAGCUACCUUAGUAGUUGCACGAUUGCCGAGUAA